AUUGUAUCCAAAUAUCAAUUGUUCGUUUAAGGGCUUCACGAAAUACAUUAAGUAUAAACUCUUCUCAAGUAGAGGUUUUAGUAAACUUCAUGGAAGAGAAUGCGGAUCUCGCUCGGAACUUACUUAACACACCGGAUGCUAAGAAAAAUUCCCACAGAUUGUGGAAUCAACUGAAAGAUGUUCUUAACGAACAAGGUCCUCCGAUGCGGGAAGUGACAGAAUGGAAAAAGGUGUGGGCGGAUUACAAAUAUAAAGUGAAAAAUAAAUUACGACACAAUGUGAACAGCGUAAAGAAAACUGGAGGAGGUCCAAAUAAACAGAAACUUUUGAAUCCAUAUGAAGAGAGUGUAGUAAGGUCUGCUGGGUUGAAUGUCGCUGUAUCCGGUAUAGCAAAAGCUAAGUCGUUCGGUUGCCGGAAGUCGCUUCAAACAAGUGCGGAAAAUUAUUCGGAUAAGUUCGAGACGUUCCAUGACAGCUCCAACCACAACCCACAGGUUGAAACCGGUAUUGAUGAAGAACAAAUGUGUUUGGAGGAAUUUCUGGAUGAAAGCACAGACAGUAUCGAAGUUAGACAAGCAGAUCAAACAGGAAAAGAUACUGAGGAAGAAUCGAAAAAGAAAACAUGGGGCAAACGGACUAAUGCGAAACGAGAAAAAAUUGAGCUGUUGAAAAGAUAUGUUGAAGCAAAAGAGGAGAGUAAUAAAACGCAACAGGCCAUAUUGCGGAUUAAAGAGGAAAGCUUGGAAAUAAAACGAAAAAUGUAUGAAUUGGAGCUAAACAAAUUUGCCCUUUUGCAUGAAAGAUCUGAAACCGAUGAAUGAAGAGCAAAAAUCAAAGAUUGUAGAGAAAAGAAUAAAUAAUCAAGAGCGAAGAUUGAAAAAUAGAGACUGACGUGUAAGUUCAAGUGUAGACAGUAAAAGGUAAAGGUUGCAGAGAAAAGCGUAGAGAAUCAAGAUUGAAUACUUAAAAGUGAAAAGCUAAGAGUAGAGUAAGGAAGGCAGAGUACAAAAUGAAGAGUAAAAAUUAAAGAGUACAAAUAUUGUUAACAACAGCCAAAUA